AUGACAAGUGAAAGCGAAUUAGAUGUUAUUAAAACAAUGGAUACUCUUGAAAAUAAAGAUGAACCAAUUGUAUCAACUUCUUCUGUUGAACAAACAAUAAUACCUAAAGUAGAAGAUGAAAAAAUAAAUGUUGAAAAACCAAAACGUCCUGGACGUAAAAAACGAGAAUCAUCAUUAACAGUAGAUAUGAAAGAGGAAGAAAAUUUAGAUACUAUUAAUACUACGGAUACUCAACCACUUUUUGAACAACCAGUUAUUCUUGAAGGAAAACGUUCACGAAAACCAACAUCACGAUUAGAAUUAUCUGAUCUAACAACACCAAAAAAAGAAUUAUCUAUUCCUCAGGGUCAUGGAAAACCAUUAGGCGAAAUUGAAUAUAUUAAUUAUCAAAUAACUCAUGCAUCUACUGAUGCUUUAUCUCGUAUGCGUAAUAUAUGUUUUGGUCGACGAGCAAGUCAAACUAAUAUAAGACAACAUCUUCGUGAAUUUAAAGGAUUUGAAUUUGAACAUGAUAGUGAUGAAUAUCAACGACAUUUAAAUAAUUUAAUCAAACUAAAAAAGGAUCAAUUACGAUCAAUUUCAGAUAUUCUUGGUUUACCAGCAAGUGGCCGCAAUAAUGAACAUGCUGAAAGAAUAUUAAAUUUUUUAAUCAAUCCAAUUGACGAAGGAAAACGAAUACCUGAAAGAAAAAAAUCAAUGCGUCGUACUUCAAAAAAAUCAAGUACUAAUUCAAAACAAUCAAGUUAUACAGAUGAAGAUGAAAAUGAAUUAGAAAAUAAAACUGAAAAUGGUAAUAAUGAUAAUCGUGAAGAAAUUUUUAAUGAUGAAGAAGAUGAACAAGAAGAUGAUGAACUAGAUACAGAUGAUGAGUAUAUUGGUAGUGAUGAAGAAAGUGUUUUAAAUACUAAAGACGAUCCAGACGAUUUUGUUUAUCAACCUGGAAAAAAAAUACCGAAGAAAAGAUCAUCAAUUAAACGUUCACGAAGAAGAACUACUCAUAAAAGAAAACAAGGUGCUUCAACAAAAUCAAAACGUGGCCGUAAAAAAACUAAGAUUACAGUUGAUGAAAAGAUCGAGAAUGAAAAUGUAAUUGUACCGGCUGAACCAAUGCAAAUAAAUGAUGAAGAAAUUAAAAAAACAAAUGAUGACAAUGUUACGACUGAAAUAAAUGCUGACGAAGCUAAAAAUGAUAAUCUUCAAACUAUAGAUACAAAAUUACCAGAACAAAAUGACGCAACCAUGAACAAAAAUGUUACAGAGAUAAUUCCAGCAACAAAUUAA